ACUCGAGCACUGUACCCGCCGGCCGUCGUGCGUGUAUUGUAUGGAAAUAUAUAAUUGGCUCUUGUAUUCUUCUUUUGACGGGCUCCGCGACCGCUGUAUUAUGUCGGGCGCAGUGCAAGCGGCGGCACUCGACCGCCACUGAUCAGGUCCCCGGUCGCCUGCCACGCUAACCGCGCCGCACCGCCACGCAUCGCCCCGCAUCGCCACGCGUCGCACCGCACAACCACGCAUCGCUCCGCACCGCCAUGAACGCGACCGACCGAGGGUUUUUGCGCAACUGCACGCCGCCAGCCAUUGACGACUUUCCGGCGGGAUUCUUCACCGAGCAGCAGCGGCAGCACGGUGCCAUCGUCCUGCACGCCUUCAUCUCCAUUUACCUCUUCGUGGCGCUGGCGGUAGUCUGCGACAAAUUCUUCGUGCCUGCAGUGGAUAGAAUAUGCCACGCAUUAAACAUGACUAACGACGUGGCUGGGGCUACGUUCAUGGCAGCGGCCACGUCGGCACCGGAGCUCUUCGUGAACGUCAUAGGGACGUUUAUUACGGAGGGGGAUAUCGGUGUGGGCACCAUAGUCGGUUCUGCAGUCUUCAACAUCCUCGCUGUAGCCGCCUGCUGCGGCAUCGGCGCGGGCAUGGUGGUUCCUCUGGACUGGUGGCCAUUGACGCGCGACUGCUUGGCCUAUGGUAUCACUGUGUCCAUACUUAUAUGUAUAAUGCACGAUGAGUAUGUGCAAUGGUACGAGGCGUUCCUGCUCGUGUCACUCUAUGGCGUGUACCUUUGCAUCAUGUAUUAUGACAAGUCCAUUCAAAACUUUACUAAAGCAAGUUGGAAAUAUGUGUCAGCGAUGAGGAAUAAAAACGAUGAAAAACAGGAGAGCUCUUAUGCUGUUGGAAGUGAACUUAACGAAUCUAAAAUCCUAGCGUCGCCCAGUAAGAACGAGCCGACUGUGGAUCAUUGUCAGCAUAAUGGGAACAUCAAAUGCAUUACAUUGCAUGGGGAUGAUCGUGAUAAGAAACCUGAAACAAUUGAGGAAGAGGACAAGAAUGUCAAUAUUGAAGUGGACUCAAAGCAAAACGAAGCUGAGAUCAUUGCACAAGACGAAAAUGCUCACAAAGAUAAUGUAGAAGAGGGCAACAAAAAUAAAACAGAUGAAUAUGAGCAUUCUCUUUGGAAAUGGCCAUCUGGUAGAAGCGUGCUCACAAAGAUAACCUGGAUCAUAACUUGGCCAAUCCACCUGGUAUUUAUGUUUACAAUACCUGACUGCGAAAAGCCCCGCUUCAAGAGCUGGUUCCCUCUCACAUUUAUAAUGUGUAUCGUGUGGAUAGGAUCCUUGUCUUACAUUGUCGCGUGGAUGAUCACUAUUAUUGGGGACACUUUAAUGAUUCCGGAUUCUGUGAUGGGAAUAACGUUCCUUGCCGCCGGUACAUCAGUACCAGAAGCAGUUUCGAGCGUCAUAGUUGCAAAACAAGGUCAUGGUUCUAUGGGUAUCAGUAAUUCUAUUGGAUCAAAUACAUUCGACAUUCUGUUAUGUCUUGGACUGCCGUGGCUAAUCAAAGCUUCACUUACUCCAGCUGAGCCUGGCAAUUAUUGGGUCAAGAUAAAUUCGAUGGGACUGGAGUAUUCAGCGAUAUCUCUCCUGUCGACGCUCCUGAUGCUCUAUCUGACGUUUUGGUUCAACAAGUUCAAGCUGGACGCGGCAGUGGGGCGCGCCUGUCUUGCCAUGUACGCCCUGUUUCUAGUGCUGGCAACACUUAUCGAACUGAACGUGUUCUUCCCAGUUAACGUGCGCACGUGCAAAAGAACCGAACUGUAAUCAUAAUUAACACAUGACUUGUGGGAGAUAGUGUAAAAAGCAGGCUAGGUCUGCAUUUCAUAACACAGUGUGGAGAAAACACUUGUGCCUGACUUCGAGCUCAAUUCGUAUUCGCUUAGUAUCGAAUUGAUCGCCUACAAAAUUGUUUACGUCGUUCUAUCCGUAAAGUACGUACUUCGGCCGUCUCUCCGAGUCCUCAUAGAUUAAUUGCUUCCGGCGUUUUGAGUCAAAUGGGUAAUAAGAAAUAUGAUAUGAUCGAUGCAAGUACGUGUUUUGUAGAUAGCGAUUUUAUCCCUCAAAGCCAUUCGUCGCUUUUAUAUUUUUUUAGGAAGAUAUUUUAUAAUGUUUAUUUUUAUAAAAAUGUGUUGGUGCGGAUAUGAACACUUCUUCUAUGUGCAAUUAAGACAACCGUCUAGGUAUAAGUAAAGAAUUCAGUUGAGAAGGCAACAAUUUCUUUAAUUGGACCAUAAGCAAUUACUGUAUUAAUUGCUUAUGCAACGAGUUAUUUGAGAUCAUUGAUAAGAUAAUUGUUCACUUAUAACUUCAAUAAGCAUUGUUGCCGUUUCGAAUGACGAAAUUUAAUGAGCAUAUACAUAUUGCAUUGAUCAGGUUCUAUUUAAGGUUAUUUAGACAUAUAAAUAUAAGGUAUUACAAUAUAAUUAAAUUAAAUUUCAACAAAUUGGCGCGUUCGUUGUUCUGAAUACUAAAGUGAACUUUGUUUACGUUCUUAAAAGCUGGAAAAAUUGUUUGUGUAAAUAAAUACAUAUCUACUGUUGUAAUGUAACAGAGUUUAACAUUAACUGAAUAUAUUGAUUUU